UUAGUUAGGCUCUUAGCUAACCUUUAGCAACUCCACUGGCUACUCAAGAGCUGCAGACAUGGAGCUUCUGUCCAAUGCCCCGGCGCACCACUCCGUGCCGGACAAGUAUGUCUUCCCGCCCGACAACGACGAGUGCGCUGCCCUGCUCGCCGACGACUACAGUCCCGACGUCGCCUUCCCCGUCAUUGACCUGCACGGGCACGGCGGCAGUGACCUCCCCAUCAUCUCUAACGGUCGCCGUCGCCAGCUCGCCUCCGAGAUCAUCCGGGCCGGCAAGGAGUUCGGCUUCUUCCAGGUGGUGAACCACGGCGUGGGAGAGGGCGUGGUGAGGAGGUUCCGGGGGGCGAUGGAGGAGUUCUUCGCGAUGCCGGCGGAGGAGAAGCUCCCCUACUGCUCCUACGACAGGAGCAAGCGCUUCCGGCUCGCCACCGGCACCACCUACGACCGCGGCGAGACUAGCUACUGGCGCGACUACAUCAAAUUCCGCUGCUACCCGGCCUCGGAGGAGAACGCGAGGCACUGGCCAUCCAAGCCGUCCAACUUCACGCCCAGCCUCAUGGAGUACUGUGCGGCAGUGGACGAGCUGGCCCAGACCAUCCUCCGUCUGAUCGCUGAGGGCCUCGGCCUGGAUGGCAGCUUCUUCGCCGGCGAUCUCAGCGGCGGCGAUACCCACAUGAGCGUCAACUACUACCCACCGUGCCCAGACCCAACCGUGACGAUGGGCCUACUGGCGCACUGCGACCGCAACCUCCUCACCGUGCUCUCCCAGGCCGACGUUGCAGGCCUCCAGGCAAGGCACGACGGGAGGUGGCUCCUCGUUCGCCCCAUCCCAGGUGCGUUCGUCGUCAACUUCGGCCACCAGAUGGAGAUUGUCACCAACGGAGUACUGGCCAGCGUGAAGCACCGCGCCAUCACCAACUCCACCACAACGAGGAUGUCGGUGGCCGUGCACCCCACAGACGGGUGCCGCAUCAGACCGGCGUCGGAGAUGGUGGACGACGCGACCAAUCCGGUCAAGUAUAGGGAGUUCCUCUUCAAGGAGUUCAUGGAGGCAUACGACGCGGCAGACGCCAACAGCGACCAAGUGCUCAAGUCCUUCAAGAUCCACCACGACUAGGUCCAUGGCGAGCGACCAACUCUGUUGGGUUUAGUCCCACAUCAGUUGUGGGAGGAGACAUAACACGGUUUAUAAGGAUGAGGGUGUCCCCUCCUAACAGGCUAGUUUUUUUUGGGGGGGGGAGAGGGCCCAAGGCCUGUCAUAAGUCGGUGUUGCUCUCCGGUUGGGCCUGUUGACGCAUGUGAAUCGAAAACGCUGGUGUUAGCGGACCCGGGAUUGUUGACCCGGGAUUGUUCGGUCUGUGAAGGGACGUGCGUGCAAGCACUCCACCCCACUACUACGUGCAUGCGCAGGUCACAUCCACCAUGCACACGCAUUAUU